AUGGAGCCCGAGGAAACGGCUGAGGUCUCUGCUGCGUCGUAUUUUCCGCAAGAAGCCAUAGCUUCUAGCCCAGCUGUCCCCGAUGCAGGAGUCAAAGACGGAAAGGCCGAUGAAACUACCGAUGCGCCAGGUGGUCAGGAUCCAGAGAUCGGAAUCUCUCCGGCCUGGUCGCAGCUGGCAAAGGAAGUGUGGACGUAUGAAGAAUCGCGGGUAAAGCGAUGGCGAAACGAGAUUCACACGUUGCUUGUCUUUGCUGGUCUAUUCUCAGCGGUCGUGACUGCAUUCGUCGUGCAGUAUUAUGCUGUCUUACAGCCGGAGGCGCCCAAUUUUAACACGAUUAUUCUGGAGCAGCAUACAGUAAUCCUGGAACGUACAGCAUGUAUUCUUGAGCGAAUUUCGUCGCAGCUUGGCGACAUCCCCGUGGAAUCAAUCCAUACAGCAUUGACAGCAACGGCUGCUACAGCGACUCACCCGAAAUCGGAGCCAUUUACAAGGCCACCCCCUCCCUCUCCACCCCAGUGGAUUGCUACACUGUGGUUCGCCUCUCUGGUCUGCAGCGUUGCCGCGGCGUCCAUGGCUUUGGCUGUCAAUCAGUGGCUCAACUUCCACGCGGAACAGGCCGGCUUACGGAGCGCACCCCAGAAGCUUUGGACCUGGCGCCUCCGUAGAGAUGCGCUCAACAAGUGGAAAGUCGAGUUCAUCGUUGGCCUCCUUCCCUGCCUACUGCAGAUCGCCCUCGUUCUCUUUCUGCUGGGGAUUGCAGGUUAUCUGAAAGCGAUUAGCGCUGGCGUUGCUCUUCCAAGCAUGGUCCUCAUGUGCUUCUUGUUCUUGUUCCUCAUCAUCACGACCUGCAUACCGGCAUUCGUCGAGUACAGUCCCUACAAGUCACCACAAGCUUGGUGGAUAUGCCGAAUCGUGAGGUGGAUUCACUGGGCAAUCUGCUGGGUUAUGUGGAGGAUAUGCCUAUGGUUACGCCCCGUCGUGCUGUUUGCUAUGUGCAAACGCUUGGGCGAACUCGAAUCUUCCAUCCACUCCGGCGACAGCUUGUUCAGCCAUGCGGGGAUACCCUCCCGCUGGAUAAUGGACAGCCUCUGCAGCUUCGCAGACACCAUAAUGGCAGCUUAUCGCGCACUUGACACGCACCAAGCCUAUCUCCACAAGGUCAUGGAGACAUCUAACUGGGUGGGACAUGAACAACUCCGUCUACACGGCAUCACUUCCAGGCGCGCAGAAUCAACGUUGUUCUCAGACAUAUACUCCAUUGCACUCGACGUAGAUGUCCUUCGAUCAAUGGAGACCUGUCUCAAAGAGAUAUCCCCGUCUCUCGCAUUCGAGAACGUGUUGGCGAUCGGCAAAGCCAGGGGGAUGGUCUUGUCAAGUCGGGAGGAUGCGUAUUCGCCGCAGCCGCUGCAAUACGACAAGCUCGAUAACAUCGUGACUGUCAUGACGGGUCGCAUGGUGCUCAACACGUGUCUCGAAGGGGACAUGACAGUGUCGAAUGCCUUACUAGAGUCUUUCAAGUCGGAUUCGAACCGUGACGCACUGGCCGGCCUUAUCCGCGCUAUGCCUUACAACGAUGCGACACAACUGUGUAUCGCUUUAUUUGAGCAUCUGCAGAUGCCGAGUACUAGUAGGCCUAUCGGCGACGACAGGACCAGGGCCAUAUUGGACGUCAUACAAAACAUCUACGUCCCUGUUAAUUCCCAUUUGAACGUGAAGGACAGGGGCUACCGUCUGAUCCCCGGAGUCGCCAUGAGGCACUGUGAGCCCCAUGCCACGCUGCGACGUUUACGCAACACUCAAGGCAAGUACUAA